AUGUCACAACGUUACGUUUGGACAAGCCCAAACGUACGCGACAAGCAACCAAACGAAAAACAACACCGUACUCAUCAUCAAGCAAGUCCGGUUCCAUUGGACCAAGAUCCUACAAAACCGACGGUUCUUUCAAAAUCACCUGAAAUAGGACAUCUUUCACCUACACUCACGAUAUUAAGCCAAUCAAUACAAUCCGAUCUAAGUAUGGAAACACUACUUGAUGUAAACAACCCAUUCUAUUUCUUGCAAGGUCACAAAGAAAUUGUUGAAUCGGAUUCUGACUUAAAUCAUCCAAUGGAAGUAAUUCGAAACCAAUCAACUCAUUCGCUGCUCAAUCGAUCAACAUCGGACGAAAUGACAACUGACACAACAGCAAAUAUAACAACUAAUGAUAGAAUACACGUUCAACAAAAGAAUAUCGGUAAGACAAGGAUCUCUUAUCUUAUUGGUUACCAUAAGAACGACUCAGUUCCGUUUUUACUUCUCCUUUGUUCCAUUAAAGAACCAGAUUCCAAUCGAACAAAUACACUCUUACGGAUUCAUAACCAACAACCUACUUCCGAACAACAAACAGCAAUUACAGCAUAUUUCCCACCAUCUGAGCAACAAUUUCAACGGAUAAUUGAUCUUGACGAACAUGCUACGAAUUUCCAGAUCCGAUCCAAGGUUAUUUUGCUUAACAACAUUCGACAGUUUGGUUUGAAUAAAGUUAUCGAUGGAAUUUUAUGCGAUACAUCUGGAGAAAUUAAAUUUGUAGCGUUCAACGACGAAGCCGAACGACUGAUCGCAAGUGUGAAAGUGAAUGAAAAAAUAAUACUUCAAAAUGGAGAAAUUGCAGUAGCAAAUCCACGAUAUCGAACUCCGUUUUCACGAUUUGAAAUUCGAAUAUGUCCAUCCACCGUUUAUCGACCGUAUCAUUCAAACUCCUUCAAUCCCUCAAUUCAACUCAAUAAAAAAUCUCUGCAUGAUGCUAGUCAAAUGGCACACGGUGCAUUACUCGAUGUGGAAGGUAUGGUCAUAUUAGAUCGUGGUUUGAUCGUUUCUACAGGUCAUGACGCUGGUACAAAUCGUAUUAUCCGAAAAGUUUCAAAGUCGCUGACGACACCUCUACAAUGA